GGGAUGAAGACCACGGAAAUUUUUUAACUAUCUCGAAUCCCAACACCUUCUUGCUCGCAAUUUUAUUAAUGUCAGGAAUUUCGUCUGCAAGGAGCACCUUUGCGUGACUCGUUUUAAUUCAUCUACAAGUCCUUCGCUGGAUGUUUAUGGGCCAAGCCACACUGAUAAUCUCCGGACCAUCGCACGCUCUGACAGACGGAAUAAAUUUGUCAGAUAACAAUCGAAAUUUAUUUCAAUCGAGGGAAUUUCUUCGAUAGUUUAUUUUUUUCCACGCUCGUUAAUUCAGUCAGUUGUUCAUAAACUUUGACGUGUUCUUUGUUUCUUCCCCCCAACCCCACACACGUACACACAUACACAUUACCUCUUGAAUAACAUCCGCCUCUUUGUCUCACGUUUUUCGUUUUUUUUUCUCCUUUUUUUUGGCGCGGUGAAUUCCUCUGCUCCUGCAGAACGCGGAGAAAUGCCAUCGCUAAAAGAAAAUGCUGACGGGGUACACGGAGGGAUUAGCCAGGGGAUACAUCUGUUUCCCACGCGUUAGGCACCCUCUGAAGGUGCAAGAAUUAUUAUUAUUAUUGUUGUAAAAUUUCCGAGUAAAAUGUGCAGAAGAUUUUUAAAUAAUAUAAAUUUAUAUUUGUGAAGUAAAAUCAAUUAAAUAAAUUUAAUCCCUUUUCCAUACAUCUGCUGUUCACAUGGGAAAAUACCAAGAGAGAGAGAGACAAAUGACUUUUUUCCGCCCAAUAAUGGAAUUAUCAUAAAUUAUAAAUAUAAAUGUGAAUUACGGAAGAUGAAUAAAAUUCAGUAAGAAAAUCCCUACUUUGGUUCGAUGUUUUGAGAAAUGCGGACCGCUCAUUAGCCAGCUAUUAAUUAAAGCCCAUUAUUCGCACUUGCGCGUUGAAGAUAAAGCGCAUUGUAGUCGAAUGGGAAUGUUAAAAUGUCCAAGACAACGAUAAUUGUCGGAUACUUACUGAAAGAUUGACAAUUUUAUUGUAGCUUUGAUAAAUGCAUUGAAUAUUUAAUAAAUAGACAAUAAAUUUUUAUGUAAAUGACAAUGUUUCUGAGGUAAUGAAGAAGUGAGACAUUUUCACGCAGCAAUAUGGCACAUCCGCUCCAUAUACCUUUUAUUAGGCAACGCGGCAUUAAUUUGACUCGUUAACACGACGUUUUCUAAUUAUGUAGUCCGAGUUGAAUACGAAAUAUACCCGCCAUCAAUGCCAAAUGAAAAUUCAUCGAAUAAACAAUUUUUAAAGGAUCAAUAUAUGGAGAGUAUUUUCUAACUUGUUUACAAUUUAUUAAAUAUUGCCUGGGUAUUUAAUAUUUAAGUAUUGGCCAAAAGUUGUUAAAAACCAUAAUUAUUUUUCAUUUUAUAAAUAACACUUGAGUUGCGAUUACAGAGUGUAAAAUAAAGUUUCAUAUUGCACGGGAAGCGUAGUAACUCGAAUAUAUGAUAACCCAUUGCUUACACGUCUUAUUUAGAUAGACGCAACGUCGUCAAGAAAUCACGAAAUCUCGGGUUACGGCAAUUCUUUUAAUCCAUUCUUCGUUCCUUCUUAUGUGUCACAAGAUAAAUGAUUUUUGUAAAAUAUUGCUAAUCCAAACACGCCACAUGUAGAGGAAAUCCUUUUUCAUGUACAUUAUUGCAAAAAAAUAUACACGUCAAGCCUAAAAAAUAUAGAAAAUUUUUUCGCAUAUUUCAAUAAGAAAGGUCAGAGCGCUGAUGACUCCGAAUGGAUAAAAAAUUUGGCAACAUAAAAAAUGCCAUGUUGCUAGUGUGGAGCUAGAGGUGAAUAAGGGCCCUCCUCAUUGCCAUUGGCUGAGGCUUCUAAGGAUGGAACACGCCUCCCUGAUGUCAUUCGCAAGCAAGCUUGGCCAGUUAAAUAUCAGCGGUAUUUUACCAACAAAUAAUUCAGGGACAAAAUUCAAGCUGAGUGAUAUGUUAACCGAGGAUAAUGACCCGACAAAACCAGCUGGGGUGUUAGACAAUGUUGGUAACGUAUCGUCAUCGACGGAGGCUUCGGGACAGGGUCCACGCAAUUCUAAUAAUGAAAAUUUUCCGGUAGAAACCGAGGUCAAAAAUGAAGUCCAGGAUUGUCCGGAUAAUGAAAACUUGCCCGAUGGUGAAUUAUACGUCGAUGAGAAUGCCGUUGAGAAAGAGCAUCCGGAAGAGUAUCCGGACUCGAUGGAAAAGACAGACUACAGUACUUUGUACGGAGCAAAUCAGUAUUAUAAUAGCCUCUAUAAUUCACCCUCGUACGGCUCAACCAACUCUACCAAGAAUUCCACGAGUCUUCAGAGCUCCUACCUAAGCUCAUACACGACGCCAAGUCCAAUGGCACAAUAUUCGUCGUAUACUGGUUACAAUAGCAGUGGUACAACAUUUCCAUCGGUGAGCCAGAACAUAUCGAGCGCAAGCCAGAAAUUGGAUUACAGCGCAUACAGCAGUACUUGUUUGUACGGAAAUGAUCGUGUGCCAUUGCAGUACUCCGGGUACUAUCCAAUGCCGGGCUAUCACACUACUUCUGCAUUCAAUAUUGGCAAUUUGAAUUUUUCGGAAUCCACCAAAGCCGGUCUUGGAUUAGAUGCGCCGCAUCAGGAUCCAAAUGAUAUUACAGGACGUGAAGCUGUUAAUAUUGAAGGGACGUCGGCGAAGCCCUGUAGACGUGGUAGACGGCAAAGCGGAAGUGGAAACAGUAUAGGCUCGGCGGAUACAACUGAAGCCGGACCAGAUCGAAUAUUCAUUUGGGACCUCGAUGAAACCAUAGUUGUAUUUCACUCACUUCUCACUGGACAAUUCGCUGCCAAACACGCCAAGAGCCCAGAGUUGUUGGUACAGCUGGGCUAUAGAAUGGAGGAGAUGAUAUUCAAUCUAGCCGAUACACACUUUUUCUUCAAUGAUGUUGAGGAGUGUGAUCAAGUGCACAUUGACGACGUAUCCUCCGAUGAUAAUGGUCAGGACUUAUCUUCGUAUAAUUUCUCAACCGAUGGUUUUCAAUGCGCAUCGGUGAACAACGGGGCUUGUUUCUCCUCUGGAGUACGCGGUGGUGUCGAUUGGAUGCGAAAGCUCGCAUUUCGAUACAGAAAAAUUAAAGAGAUAUACUGCAACUACAAGAAUAACGUUGGGGGAUUGCUUGGCGCAGCUAAGCGUGAGCAGUGGUUACAAUUGAGAGCUGAAAUUGAAUUGGUUACGGACAAUUGGCUUACAUCAACAAUCAAGUGCUUAAGUCUCAUUAGUAAACGCAGUCAUUGUGUUAACAUCCUUGUUACAACAACAAAACUUGUACCGGCACUGUCCAAGGUCCUGUUGUUUGGUAUUGGGGGAUUGUUUCCCAUUGAGAACAUUUAUUCGGCAUCUAAAAUUGGGAAAGAAAGCUGCUUUGGUCGUGUGGUAGCUAAAUUUGGUAGAAAAUGUACGUACGUCGUGAUAGGUGAUAGUUCAGAUGAGGAGACGGCUGCCAGGGCGCACAAUUUUCCAUUCUGGAGGAUAAACAGUCACUCUGAUACCCAAGCUCUCUACAAUGCCCUUGAAAUGGGCUUUCUUUAAUGAGAACGAAAAAGAAAAAAAAAAUAUAUAAUAUAUAUAUAUAUAUAUAUAUAUUAUAUAUUUAUAGCCUAUAUAUAUAAAAUAUAUAAAUAUAUAUAUAUAUUGAGAAUUCUAUCGCGACCAACUUAAUGUCAUUCCUAUGAAUAGUUUUUUAAUUAAGUGAUUAUUAUUGUAAGUAGCGGAUCGAUGCAAAUCACGGAAGAAAUUUAAUCGAUCAAUUCAGGGUCCACAAAUGAUGAAGGAAAAUGUAACGAAAGUAAUGUCAAAGUGUACGAAAAAUUUAUUGCGUGGGGAGAAUUUUUUAAAUGAGACACUUAGCGAGCUUCUACGUGUAUAGAAAAGAUGAAUUUUAUCGAGAUUAUAACGAUUUAUGUGUUUAGUACUUAAAGAACGAGAGGGAGCUGUGGAUAUCAGUGGUUAAGUGGUAAAAGGAAUUACUGUACUUUUCAAUAUCCAGCCAGUUUUUUCUGAGUAAAUCAAAAUGGACGAACAAUAUCAAGUAAAUAUUAAGCUAUUUAUCACUUCACCACUGACCUCAAAGAAUUAAUGUUUUAUUCGAAAGAAACAAAAGAAAAAUUGAGGAGCAGUGAAAUUUUGUUCAUCAACCUUCCUGUACCAUAUCAAGCAAAAUAAUUUCUUUUACAUUGUUGAUAAAUCUAUUCAAAAAAUAAAGAAUUAAAUAAGAACGACAAA